CGGCUGCCUGGAAGGCGCACGGAGCAGGGUCCGCGGCUCAGGUCCGGCGAGAUCAGAGCGCCCGGGACCCCGCGGCCGUGGGCGAGGGAGGCGUGCCCGGGGAAGAAGCUGCAACUGAGACUUGAAGAGUGAGGGACUGGGGUUAGAGAGGGUGACCUGGACGAGGGCUCUGCAAGUGAUGUCAGGUCGACUCUUCAGGUUCAUUUCCAUAGCUUCCUGCAGCCUGUGCCUCGGAGAGUUACGUCCGGUUACUGAGAUCAGCGCUACGAAAUUGCAGCCUGGCUGAUUUGGGGGCUGGGAAUUUGCCAUUCCGCUGUAAAGACACUGUUUGUUUUUGUUUGUUUUUUAAAACUUUAGGUAAUGGGCAGAUCAGAAAGUCAGAUGGAUAUAACUGAUAUCAACACUCCAAAGCCAAAGAAGAAACAGCGAUGGACCCCACUGGAGAUCAGUCUCUCCGUCCUUGUCCUGCUGCUUGCCGUCAUUGCAGUGACAAUGAUAGCUCUCUAUGCAACAUAUGAUGAUGGUAUUUGCAAGUCAUCAGACUGCAUAAAAUCAGCCGCUCGACUGAUCCAGAACAUGGAUGCCACUGCUGAGCCUUGUACAGACUUUUUCAAAUACGCCUGCGGAGGCUGGUUGAAACGCAACGUCAUUCCUGAGACCAGCUCCCGUUACAGUAACUUUGACAUUCUAAGGGAUGAAUUAGAAGUCAUUUUGAAAGAUGUCCUUCAGGAACCCAAAACUGAAGACAUAGUCGCAGUGCAGAAAGCAAAAACAUUGUAUAGAUCUUGUAUAAAUGAAUCUGCUAUUGAUAGCAGAGGCGGAGAUCCUCUGCUCAGACUGUUACCAGAUAUAUAUGAUUGGCCAGUGGUGACAGAAAACUGGGAGCAAACAUAUGGUUCUUCUUGGACAGCUGAGAAAUCUAUUGCACAGCUGAAUUCUAAAUAUGGGAAAAAAGUCAUUAUUAAUUUUUUUGUUGGCACUGAUGAUAAAAACUCUAUGAACCAUGUAAUUCAUAUUGACCAGCCUCGACUUGGCCUGCCUUCCAGAGACUACUAUGAAUGCACUGGAAUAUAUAAAGAGGCUUGUACAGCAUAUGUGGAUUUUAUGAUUUCUGUGGCCAAAUUGAUUCGUCAGGAAAAGGGACUGCCUGUCGAUGAAAAACAGCUUUCUUUGGAAAUGAAUAAAGUUAUGGAAUUGGAAAAAGAAAUUGCCAAUGCUACAACUAAAUCUGAAGAUCGAAAUGAUCCAAUGCUUCUUUAUAACAAAAUGACAUUAGCCCAGAUCCAAAAUAACUUUUCACUAGAGAUCAGUGGGAAGCCAUUCAGCUGGUCAAAUUUCACAAAUGAAAUCAUGUCAACUGUGAAUAUUAAUAUUCCAAAUGAGGAAGAUGUGGUUGUUUAUGCUCCAGAAUAUUUAACCAAACUUAAGCUCAUUCUUACCAAAUAUUCUGACAGAGAUCUUCAAAAUUUAAUGUCCUGGCGGUUCAUAAUGGAUCUUGUAAGCAGCCUCAGCCGAACCUACAAGGAGUCCAGAAAUGCUUUCCGCAAGGCUCUUUAUGGCACAACAUCAGAAACAGCGACUUGGAGACGUUGUGCAAACUAUGUCAAUGGGAAUAUGGAAAAUGCUGUGGGAAGGCUCUAUGUGGAAGCGGCAUUUCCUGGAGACAGUAAACAUGUGGUUGAGGAUUUAAUUGCACAGAUCCGGGAAGUUUUUAUUCAGACUUUAGAUGACCUUACUUGGAUGGAUGCUGAAACGAAAAAGAAAGCUGAAGAAAAGGCCUUAGCAAUUAAAGAAAGGAUCGGCUAUCCUGAUGACAUUAUUUCAAAUGACAACAAACUGAAUAAUGAAUACCUUGAGUUGAGCUACAGGGAAGACGAAUACUUUGAGAACAUAAUUCAAAACUUGAAGUUCAGCCAAAAUAAACAGCUAAAGAAGCUUCGAGAAAAGGUGGACAAGGAUGAGUGGAUAAGCGGAGCAGCUGUAGUCAAUGCGUUUUAUUCUUCAGGCAGAAAUCAGAUAGUCUUCCCAGCUGGCAUUCUGCAGCCCCCGUUCUUCAGUGCCCAGCAGUCUAGCUCAUUGAACUAUGGGGGCAUCGGCAUGGUCAUAGGACACGAAAUCACCCAUGGCUUCGAUGACAAUGGCAGAAACUUUAACAAGGAUGGAGACCUCGUUGACUGGUGGACUCAACAGUCUGCAAAUAAUUUUAAAGACCAAUCCCAAUGCAUGGUGUACCAGUAUGGAAACUUCUCCUGGGACCUAGCAGGUGGACAGCAUCUCAAUGGAAUUAACACACUAGGAGAAAACAUUGCUGAUAAUGGUGGUAUUGGCCAAGCAUACAGAGCCUAUCAAAAUUAUGUUAAAAAGCAUGGUGAAGAAAAAUUACUUCCUGGACUUGACCUAAAUCACAAACAACUGUUCUUCUUGAAUUUUGCCCAGGUGUGGUGUGGGACCUAUAGGCCAGAGUAUGCAGUCAACUCCAUUAAAACAGAUGUGCACAGUCCAGGCAAUUUUAGGAUUAUUGGGACUUUGCAGAACUCUCGUGAGUUUUCAGAAGCCUUUCAUUGCCGCAAGAGCUCAUACAUGAACCCAGAAAAGAAAUGCAGGGUUUGGUAAUCUUCAGAAGCAGUGGUGCAAUCCUUGGCUAGACUUGCCCACUUCACAGAAAUGGGGAACUCUAUCUGAGAGAAAAAGGACCAGAGAGGUCACUGAUUACGUGGAGGUAGUUCACGGGGAUGAGAGCAAUAAAAAUGAAGCUAGGUUACUCUGGAAAAAUGUGGAGGGAGGAGAGGUCUAAUGUCUAUCAAAUCAAUCACUUCUCACUGUGUAAAUAAUGCUUAAUCUCUAAAGAGAAUAUUGCCAUCCAUUGCCGUUUCUCAUAUGAUCUGCCAGUUUGAUGUUUUCUGUUGAUGUAGACCGGCAUUUCUAAUCAAAGGGAGAAAGAAGAGGUGGAAGAAUUCAGUUGGCACCAAAAGCACAGCAGUGACGUGAGAGUUAAAAACAUGUUGCCAAUGUACUUAUUUUUACUUUUAUUUGCAAAAUUUAUGCUCCUUCAAAACUCUUCCAAAGAAUUCUUAUACAUAUUGGGGCCUUGGGACUUAAAGUAGUUUUAAUCUAAUUUUGCCAAUCAUCAGUUACUCAUUCUGAGAGCAUUGUAUUUUAAGCACUCUAGGGCAAAAAUGAGUGUCUAAAACUGUUUUUUGUUGUACCUGCUUUGACUGAUAAUGAGAUUCUUGAGGCUUCCUGCAAUUUUCUAAGCAAUGUAUUGUUCUCUCUCUCUCAAAACUUGGUCUUUUUAAGAGAUUUGUAGUAAUGUGUAAAUAAUAAUUUUUAUAUUUAAUUAUUAACUACACUUAUGACUAAGUAAUUGUUAUUAUAGGUAAUCAUUGAAUAUUGAAGCUUCAGACCAAGAUAAAUAGUUAUGAACCAAGAUCUGUAAAGUGAUGUACAGAUGAAGAUUUGAGACUUUUUAAACUUAUAAAUCAUAUUGAUGAAAAGAUUUAAGCACAAACUUUGGGUUAAAAAUUGCCAUUGGACAGUGGUCUAAAGAUACAUAAGAGUUGUGGUUUACAAGCAGGAUUUUCAAAAUUAAAUCUGUCCCUGAAGGUGACCAUGAUAAAAGGGCAAAACUGCAUCUAUGUAGCUCGGCAUCUCCUUGUCUUUUCAGGUUUGUCAUCUGAUGGAAAUAUUUUGAUAAUAAAUUGAAAUUGUGAACCCAUUACUCACUAAGCUUAUUGUGCCAGCCAUCUAGCUUUGGAAAGCACAUUUCUGAAUAGAAAUGAGAGGCUUCUACACAUCCAAUGGACUUGCUUCUAAAAUUCUAACUCACCUAGAGUUCUGGGAGGGGGAGGCCUAGUCCCUGAUAGCAACUCAGCUCUUAAGGCUUUUAUGUUCUGUUUUCCUGUCCUGUUUGCAAGUUUAGUUCAUUUCAUUACUUGAUUAAUAUUUUACAAAAGGAGUCCAAAAUCCUUAUAUUUCCUAAAAAAACAUGAAAAUGAAGGAACAUCCAAAAUAUGAGUGUUGGUUUUCCUGCCUCUUGAAAAAUGUCCAUUUACAU